AUGGACCUCCCAGUCGACGUCUUAGCAGAAAUAUUCAGCGCACACGUCCAGGGAGAAGAACUCAAGCGGCAGAAGCAAGCCGCACUCUGCCAGCGGUCUCCAUCACCUCUGGCCAGCCUGUGCUUAUCGCAUGUAUGCAGACAAUGGCGUCUCGCAGCGUUUUCGACUCCGGAAAUAUGGAGAUAUAUCCAUAUUGACCUGACGUGUUGCAGCCAGGCGAUGGGCGUCGCUCGGCCGGUCUAUCUUCCGCGGUUCGCCCUCUGGUCUCUGCAGCGCGCUGGGGUGUGCCCGCUGCAGAUUUCGUUUUCAAAUGUGGGCUCUGAGCCUGCGAUGGAGCUUAUGCGAGACUUGUUGUGCUUGAACGAGGCUCUCGUUGGCCGUGUCGAGCGGCUCGAGAUUGGCUUAACGGGUGCUUCGUAUCUGGGCUUUCUCUCCAUAUUACAGUUUUUCGAUACCUCUUCUCUUCAAGAGGUUGCAUUCCACCAUGCUGGAUAUUUUAAUCUGCAUGAGACGGUCCCAAUCGAAGCUCUGCGGGCGCUCCAGCACGCACCGUAUCUGCAAAGUCUCUCUCUCGCGAGGAUACAGUGGUAUAAUACCGGCGGGGUCGUACUAGACUCUGUGACGACGCUCCAAGUCGACCUGGGCCACAAGCAUGAAGCGCUCCUCUCAAAGGCCCUCCAUUCGUUUCCCAACCUCCUCACCGACUCUUGGGAACCCGUCUGCGACGUGCAACUCCCCCAUCUCGAGUCCAUCGCGUUCGACCCGCGGAUAUGCCACUAUUACUUUCACAAACUCGACGCUCCAAAGCUCUCUUCGUUUACAGCGCGUAAUUUUACGCGACUUUCUCCUCGCUUCCUUGAGCAUCUGCCGCGCAAGCCGGUCCUCUCGACUUUGCGCUUGGAGAACUUUUCGCCAGACGAGGAUGUGUUUCAGGGACAGGACCGUUGGUCGUACCGAUCUCUUGAAUCACUCAAGGCCGAGUGGACGAGUCGGUAUUUGCCCGGCAUAGACGGCUUUGUCUCCUGUCUUCGCAACCAUUCGGAGGUUUCGACACUAGAGAUUAUCAGCAGUCAGAUAGAUGACCAAUAUAUCCAAGCAUUGGUGGAGGAUUCACUCUUGCUACAGCACAUGAAGACGUUGCGAUUACACGAUUGCCAAUCCUUCUCUCAAGCUGCAGUAGAGGCCCUUCGCUUUGCCCGCUCACACGACCCAGAGUUCACCUUGCAAUACACGACCGCAUAG